UCUGUUGGGCCCCAGUAACGAACGAGCAACCGAACGAAAGCUUUCGACUUUUUUAAGAAUGAGUGGAAAGCAAACCACUAAUGUGGAAGCAGAUCCCCUUCCCCAGAAGGAGGUGAUCAUCCUUGCCACCGCAGCACCGCCGGAGCGUCCAGAAGCCGCAGUUACCACUAACAACACUGGAUACUUUUCCCGUGUCAAUAGAAACAAAAACGCCUCCUAUGCAGUCUUCUUUCUACUCGUCUAUGGCGGCAUGGAUAUGGCCGCCAGCUUGGGCUGGAAUCAAACCUACAGCGUUUUCCUAAUCACGGAGUAUUCGUACUGUUGGUUCAUUGGUGUGAUCAUUGGAGCAUUGGCCGUCAUUCUCACCAUGUCAUUUCUGCCCAAGCAGGUCUUCUAUUUCCUUGGAGGUAUACUUCAGCUAACCGGCUCCAUUUUAUUUACCGCUAUGCCUGGCAACUACGGGGCCUGUCUGGGCGCCCGAUACUUGGCCGGCCUGGGUAUUGGACUGAUUACGGUGCCCUUCCUCAUCCACAAUGCUGAGGUGGCGGCCACCAACGUGCGCGGCGUCUGCGGCGGAAUGGAGCAGAUCGGCCUGGCCUUGGGAAUCGAAGUACAGGUGGUCUUCACCACGGAGUGGGCAUCGAUACUGGGAACCUCCCCCAACUUGGUGCACGGCAUCAUCGGGAUUGUGUUCUCGUUGCUGGGCCUGGGAAUGACUGCCCUGACGAUUGAGUCGCCAAUCUAUUACCUACGUCGAAAUCAGGAAAGCUUGGCGCGCCAGUGUCUGCAGAAGCUAAUGGGUAACUCUCCGAAUGGCGUCACUAGAGCGCUCGACGAGGCAAAGCUCUAUGUGGCGGAGAGCGACAGCCAGAGCCUGGGCGAGGAGCUGGUGGCCUCCGUGGGACCCUUCCUGAAGCUGCUCCUCUUCCGCUGCUUCGUCGCGUUCUCCUUCUCCCUGCCGCUGACCAUGUCGAUUAUCUCGAGCACCGCAGUGGCGGAGGGAGCUCUCAGCGUCUGGCCAAUGUAUGUGUUUGGCUCAGUGCGGCUGAUCAGCGCUCUGGUGGCUCUUUGCUUACUGGACACAUUGGGUCGCAAAGCGGUUUCGCUGGUGGGCCUGCUCUGCAUGGCCGGACUGAUGCUGGGCCUGGCGGCUCUGUACGCCGACAUGGCCAAUAUAGUUGCGUGGAAACCCAUGGUCCAGGCCUGCAACAUCGGAAUGGCAUUCCAGGCAGUCGCCGGACUCUUCGUCUGCAGCUCGUCCGCCUACAUGGGCGAGGCUUUUCCCAUGCGGGUCAAGUCUACUCUGGUCGGACUGAUCGUCAUCGUGGAGCAGCUCAUCCACGUCAUCGUACUCGCCUGCCUAAGCUCUAUGUCCAGUGGGGAAAUCUUUUUCCCGUACUUUCUGUCCGUGGGCAUUAUCAUGCUGCUGGGCAUGAUUUUCUUUGCAGUAUCUAUGCCGGAGACCAAGAAAAUUACAUUGCGAGAGGCUGGCCACCGCUUCCAGAGGUGGUUUGAUCUUAGUUUCUACUAGGCGUUGGAAACCUCACUGGAAAACUCAUUAUCCUUGUUCAAAUUCUCGUUUGUUUAUAUGAUAAUUUAGUUUAAUAAAACCAGCUUAUAAGUGAACAUUAAAAUGGAAGUAUGCUGUGGGAAAACAAUUAUCAGCCUAAUCAAUCAAAUAACUUGCAAAAAUAAAUGUGGAACAAUGACGUCA